AAACUUUUGGGGGACACAGUUGUGUCUGUGCCUGCAGCUGCUGACCAUGGAGUCCCCGGGAGCAGCGCUCUCCCCCCCGGCCCCGGCCGGGACCCUGCCCCUGCCCCGGGCCCGGCGCCUGCUCCUGGCCGCCCUGGCCCCUCUCCUGCAGCUGGGGCUGUCGCUGCUGGCGGUGCCGGAGGCGGUGCCGUCCCUGUCGGCCCUGGCCCUCAGCCUGUCCCUGAGCCGGAGCCUGGGCGGCCUGCACCGCCCGCUGCUGCUGUACACCGCCUGCUGCGGCCUCUCCCCGGCUCUGUACCGCCUCCUGGGGCUGGGCCUCAGCCUGGGCCUGGCGCCCCGCUCCCUGGCCGCCCUUCUGCUCCCUCACGCCGCCUCGGGCCUGGCCCUCGCCCUCCUGGAGGCGGCGGCGGCUCUGCUCCGGGCCCGGGCCCGCGGCUCCCUCCCGGGGACACAGCGCAGCAUCAGGCGCCGCCUCCUCGCCCUGUCCCGGCCCGACCUGGUCCCUCUGAGCGGGGCGUUCACCUUCCUCACACUGGCCGUGAUCGGUGAGAUCCUCAUGCCUUACUUUGCAGGGAAGGUGAUUGAUUUACUGAAGUCUGACUUUGACCACCAAGCGUUCCUCAUUGCCAUAUUCUACAUGUUCAUCAGCUCCAUGGGAAGCUCCAUUUCAGCCGGUCUCCGGGGAGGCCUCUUCAUGUUCACAAUGUACAGACUGAACAAACGGGUGCGAAAACUGCUCUUCUCAUCCCUGGUACAGCAGGAAAUCGGCUUCUUUGAAAUAACUCGGUCUGGUGAUAUCACCUCACGCCUCUCCACUGACACUACCCUCAUGAGUCGCUCCAUUGCAGCCAAUGUGAAUAUCUUCCUGCGAAGCUUGGUGACAACAGUUGGGGUCCUCUUCUUCAUGGUCUCCCUCUCCUGGCAGCUCACCUUGCUGAUAUUUAUAGAUUCUCCUCUCAUCAUAGUCCUUCAGAAGCUGUAUAGUAAGUAUCACAUGAACCUGGUCCAGGAGAUACAGGAUUCCAUCGCCAAGUCAAACCAAGUGGCCGGAGAGAUUGUUUCUGCGAUCAGGACAGUCCGGAGUUUUGCCACCGAGAACGAGGAAUCCGAAUUGUUUGAGGAGAAGCUGCAGGCAACAAACCAACUCAAGAAUAAACGGGAUUUUGUUACAGCGGUGUAUUUCCUGUUCCGUAGGCACAUACAACUGGUGAUGCAGCUGAUCAUGUUGUACACUGGACAGUACCUGAUCCGGAACGGGCAGAUGAGCAGUGGGGAUCUUGUCGCUUUCAUCUUUUACCAGGGGGACUUCGGAUCUUACGUCCGGACCCUGGUUCACACGUACUCGGAGAUGACCCACUCAGUGGGAGCAGCCCAGAAAGUGUUUGAGUAUAUGGAUCGGAAGUCCAGUGUUCCCACGGACGGGAAGCUGGUAAAGGAGACUCUGAAAGGACAUGUAGAAUUCCAGAAUGUGUCCUUCUCUUACCCAACCAGACCUGACGUUCAGGCCCUAAAGAAUGUCUCCUUUGAGCUGAAGUGUGGUGAGAUCACGGCCCUGGUGGGACCCUCCGGAGGGGGUAAGACGACAUGCGUGAACCUGCUGGAGAGGUUUUAUCAACCUCAGUCCGGACAGAUCCUGCUGGAUGGCAGACCCAUUGAGGAAUAUGAACAUAAAUAUUACCACAACAAGUUGGGGGUCGUGGGACAGGAGCCUGUGCUGUUUGCACUUUCUGUCAGGGACAAUAUCUGCUAUGGCCUCCAGAAUGUUCCGAUGUCAUCGGUCACUGCAGCAGCUCAGAAAGCCAAUGCCCAUGAAUUCAUCGAGGGACUGGAGCGUGGCUACAGCACAGAUGUCGGAGAGACGGGAGGACAGCUUUCUGGUGGAGAGAAACAGAGAAUAGCCAUUGCUCGAGCUCUCAUCCGACAACCUCAAAUCCUCAUCCUCGACGAAGCAACCAGUUCCCUCGAUGUGGAGAGUGAGCACACGAUCCAGCAGGCAUUAUCGAAGGACACGGGACAAACCAUCCUGGUCAUUGCCCACCGUCUGAAGACUGUGGAGAAGGCAGACAAGAUCAUUGUGAUUGAGAGAGGGAUGGUGGUGGAGGAGGGAAAGCACCAGGAAUUAAUGGAGAGAAAAGGCUGCUAUUUCCACCUGCUCCAGAGACUGUCUCCUAACGGGGAGCAGAGCGUGACUGAGUUUUAACCAGACUCUGGAAUGGAGGGCGUGGAGCCACAAUCCAAAAGACAUUUUUGAGUCUGGUGACUCGAAUGAAGGGACUGACUUCUCAAGAACACAUGAACAAGUUAGAAGAAUGAGGAGUGCUCUUCUUCAAACGAUGAUUCUGAGAAGGGUGGGGAAGGGAGAUGAUGAUGCGAUGCUGUUUUCACCAGUGGAGGGAAUCUCAAACUUGGGAACAUCAAUACAGAAUAGGGGUCACCCAUUUUAAACAAAUGCAAAUCAAUUUCUUCUACCAGUGGGUCAGGAAUGUCUGUGAUUAUCUACUCCAGAGAGUUGUGGAGGGUAGAUCACUUAAAGUACUAAAAAAGGAGACUAAUUUAUGCAAUUUUGAGGUUUGGGAAUAGGUGUGAGUAAGGCAAAAUGGUCCUCUCUUGUUCCUAUUUCUUAUGUUCUUAGGAAGUGUCUUAGUUAGAGGCAUCAAGAUGUACAGAAUGGAAACAGACCCUUCGUUCCAACUUGUCCAUGCCAACCAGAUAUCCCAACCCAAUCUAGUCCCACCUGCCAGCACCCGGCCCAUAUUCCUCCAAACCCUUCCUAUUCAUAUGCCCAUCCAAGUGCCUGUUAAAUGUUACAAUUGUACCAGCCUCCACUACUUCCUCUGGCAACUCAUUCCAUACACGCACCACCCUCUGCGUGAAAAAGUUGCCCCUUAGGUCUCUUUUAUAUCUUUUCCCCCCUCACCCUAACCCUAUGCCGUCUAGUUCUGGACUCCCCAACCCCAGGGAAAAAAGUUUUUGUCUAUUUGCCCUAUCCAUGCCCCUCAUGAUAUUAUAAACCUCUUCAAGGUCAUCCUUCAGCCUCCGAUGCUCCAGGGAAAACAGCACCAGCCUGUUCGGCCUCUCCCUAUAGCUCAAAUCCUCCAACCCUGGCAACAUCCUUGAAAGGUUUCAGCAAAGAUUUAUAAGUUUCACAACAUUCUUCUGAUAGGAAGGAGACCAGAAUUGCAUGCAAUAUUCCAACAGUGACCUCACCAACAUCCUGUACAGCCACAACACGACCUCCCAACUGCUGUACGCAAAGCUCUGACCAAUAAAGGAAAGUGUACCAAAUGCCUUCUUCACUACCUGCAACUCCACUCUCAAGGAGCUAUGAACCUGUACUCCACGGUCUCUUUGUUCAGCAACACUCCCUAGGACCUUACCAUUAAGUGUGUAAGUCCUGCUAAAAUUUGCUUUCCCAAAAUGCGGCACCUUGCAUUUAUCUGAAUUAAACUCCAUCUGCCACUUCUCAGCCCAUUGGCCCAUCUGGUCCAGAUCCUGUUGCAAUCUGAGGUAACUCUCUUCGCUGUCCACUACACCUCCAAUUUUGGUCUCAGUUGUAAACUUUCUAACUAUACCUCCUAUGUUCACAUCCAAAUCAUUUAUGUGAAUAACAAAAAGCAAUGGACCCAGCACCAAUCCUUGUAGCACUCCACUGGUCACAGGCCUCCAGUCUGAAAAACGACCCUCCACCACCACCCUCUGUCUUCUACCUUUGAGCCAGUUCUGUAUCUAAAUGUCUAGUUCUCCCUGUAUUCCAUGAACUCUAACCUUGCUAACCAGUGUCCCAUGAGGAACCUUAUUGAAUGCCUUACUUAAGUCCAUAUAGAUUAUGCCCACCAUUCUGCCCUCAUCAAUCCUCUUUGUUUCUUCUUCAAAAAACUCAAUCAAAUUCGUGAGUUGUGAUUUCCCACGCACAAAGCCAUGUUGGUUGUCCCUAAUCAGUCCUUCCUUUUCCAAAUAUGUGUAAAUCCUGUCCCUCAGGAUUCCCUCCAACAACUUGCCCACCACCGACAUUAGGCUCACUGGUCUAUAGUUCCCUGGCUUGUCCUUACUGCCCUUCUUAAACAGUGGCACCACGUUUGCCAACCUCCAGUCUUCCGGCACCUCACCUGUGACUAUCAAUGAAACAAAUAUCUCAGCAAGAGGCCCAGCAAUCACUUCCCUAGCUUCCCACAGAGUUCUAUGGCACUUAAAAAUACUUUGUGGAACUUGACAUCAUGUCUUCAGAUAAUGCUGCUGAGGGACAAUUUGUAAAUGAUUAGUAAGAGGAUGGAAGUUAUCAGGCAAGAUUGUGCAGGCAGUAAUGGAAGUAAUUACAAAAGUCUCUCUGGAUAUGAGGAGACAUGAAAUAAUGUAACCAAGCAAAGCCAUGCUCAUCCAGUUGGACAGCAAAGAAGGAGCACUGGAGUAGGAUGUCUGGUCAGCCAUGUCAAUGCUGCAGACAAGUUCGGAGUAUUACAAAAUUCGGGAAAACCCAAACCGAGAAGUUCAAACACAGAUUGAAAGAAAUAUGAGCAUGAAUUGAGGAGAUGUCAACAUAUUCAUGGAUUUGAAGACAAACGGUGAUAAUUUUCGUUAAAGGAUAGAAGGGUUAACAAGUGAGUGUUUGAAGGUUGAGAAAGUAGGGCACAUUUGAUAGGGAGAAGACAGUCCUAGAAGAGGGGACAGUUGAAAUGAUCCAACAUAAAAAAUGUCAAGAAGGGAAGUUGGGUAAUUUUCUACAUAUAAUCAGAGUCUGAUGGGUAAGACAGGAGACAAACGAGAUACUUUUGUCAGUUCAUGUCGAAAAAGAGGUACCUUAACCAUUAACUCAAAAUUAAUGGUAAACCAAUCAUGACCUACCUGCAUUUAUUGGAGGCCAGAGUGGUGUGUGCUUUAGAGUGAUGCUUGGUAAGAAAACAACAGCAGCCUAUGGGGAUCUUAGGAUCAACUUUAAGCUGCAUUUGAUUUCCAGGUCAAUUACUCAUUGGUAAUAAAUGCUAGCCAAGCCAACAUUGCCUGAACACAAAAGAAAACUUGCAGCUUUGACAGACGAGAAUGGUGCUCAGAUCUAGUGAUUGUUGGGGAUAAUCUGCUAUCGGGGUACCUACAUUGGGGCUAGCGAGGGGAGCACCAUUAUUAAAGCAGACACUGUCAGGUACCAGCUAAAACACAGCCAUGUAAAGUAAACCCAGCCACUGCAGGCCACAUUCCUUGGGGAUUAGAACAUGUCCGUCAGUUUCACAUCAUCCUGUUACAAUCCCAUUGUUAAUAAAGGAAACCGGUAACUAUCGGAUAGUGUAAAUCGCACCGAUACUACACUUGAUUGAUAAAGUACUUGUUAAUGCCUCCGCUGACGUCAAACUCAUUCAGGUCCUGUGUUAAAUGAUAAUACCUGUAUAUUCAACUAUGGAGAACUAUUGUGAACGCCCAGACAGCCAGGCGCAUAGCAAUGAGGAAACCCUUCCAAACAAUAAACUUUUAAAUUACAAGAUCGGAAACUGCUGAACCCAGGAUGUCUACCCAUUGUUCAGCACAGCAGGAGCUGGACAGGUAUCUCGGGGCAGCCAAUAGAGACACUAAUCCCUUCACAGACAGGUGAACCGACCAAUGAGAGAACCGAACGAGGGGAACCUGACCGGGAACUCGAGGAAGCGCGAAGUAUAACUGCUCCAGGUCCGUAGAGGAAGACAGAACGCCUUCUCCAACGAAUUGCAUGCUCUUGAAUUCGUUGUAUAGUU